AUGCGUACCUCGCCGCCGCAGCCACAGCCAGUCGACGCAGCUUCCACCGCCGAAGCCGCGGAGCUCCGCCUGAGGGAGGCGGAGCAGCGACUGAAGGAAGCCAUGGAGGACCUGCAGCGCCGGCAGAGGGGCGCGCCGGCGAAUCUCCACCCGCCGUGCGAUCAUGCCGACGAAUCGUGCGUUGCGAAUGCCGUCGGGAACCUUUGCCAGAGCUUCCUGCUCUCUUACGGUAUUCGUGUGGGCAUCGGAAUUCUCCUCCGCGCCUUUAAGCUCGCCCGCCUCAAGUCCUAUUCCUCUCUAUUGGAUAUCAAGCAACUUGUUUCAGAGAAAGAUCUUAUAGUAAGAGAGGAAGCUUGUCGAAUUGGUUUACUUUUUGGGGGAUUCACCGGUUCCUACCAUGCUUUGAGGUGUUUGCUGAGAAAGUUGAGAAAGAAGGAGACUCCAGUAAAUGCAAUUUUAGCAGGUGCAAUAUCAGGCUUGUCUAUUUUAGCAUUAGAUGAUUCUAGUCGAAGGCGCACACUGGCUUUGUAUCUUUUUGCUAGGCUAGCUCAGUGUGCAUAUAACUCUGCUAAAUCCAAAAACAAAUUCCAUCUAUGGGGAAGUCAUUGGAGUCAUGGGGAUACUCUACUCUUUUCAAUUGCUUGUGCGCAGAUUAUGUAUGCUUUUGUUAUGCGUCCUGAGAGCUUGCCAAAAUCAUAUCGAGACUUCAUCCAGAAAACAGGGCCCGUUGCCGAGCCUGUGUACAAAGCUGUGAGGGAUUGCUGUAGAGGUUCUCCAGUAGAUGUGGACACACUAUCUGCUUACCUAUCCAGUCGAAGGGCAACCAAAACUCUGAAGUUGGAAGAGUUUCCUCGUAUUAUACCCUGCUCUAUAAUUCAUCCUGAUACAAACUCAUGCUUAGUUCACAAUGGCAACGUUGCAACCUCAACUUUCAGAAAAACAUUUCCUCUUUACUUCUCUCUGACAUUUGUUCCAUUUGUGGUUCUGCGUUUACAGAAGUUUAUGGAUGCUCCAGUACGCACCUGUUGGCAUGCGGUUACUGGCGCUGUUCGCUCGACCACAUUCUUGUCUGCUUUUGUUGGUAUCUUUCAGGGAGUGAUAUGCUUGCACAGGAAAGUGGCAUUGCGGGACCACAAACUCGUGUAUUGGCUAGCAGGAGGGAUAUCUGCUCUCUCGGUAUUAUUGGAGAAGAAAGCUAGACGUGGGGAGUUGGCCUUGUAUGUUCUCCCACGUGCUGGAGAAUCUUUGUGGUAUAUACUGGUCAAUCGUCGUUUGCUUCCCGAUAUCAAGAAUGCUGAGGUGGCUUUGUUCUGUGCAUGUAUGGGUGGAAUCAUGUAUUACCUAGAACACGAACCGGAUACAAUGGCUCCAUUCCUAAGGGGCCUAAUUCGCCGUUUUCUUGCCAGCAGAAUAAGCAAUCCUGGCCCUCUAUCAAGUCGAAAUGCAUCUUACACAUAUCUACACACACUGGAUGCCAUGAAAAAGCCAGAUGUGCAGGACAAUCGAGAAGUUGAGACUUCGCCUCCUAAAAAAUACAAUCUUGAAUCCAUCCCUGGACUCUGA